GUCUUCCUUGUAGCGAUGCUUUUUGAGGUUGCUGCUCCCAUCAGUCUGCUCAGUAAAAAUAGCUCAUCUUGUAAUGGAGGGGAAAGUUCCAGUCGCAGCGCUGAGAAACGAUCAGCUGAAGAAGAAGCUGAAGACUUCCCUACAAAGCCUUCAAAGAUCUCCAAGUUUGGAUUUGCCAUAGCUAGUCAGACGACAAAGAAAGCACCAGCCAUAUCCAUCAAACUUGGAUCAAGUAAGCCGAAAGAAACCGCUCCGACUCUUGCUCCAAAAACCCUUUCAGUAGCAGCAGCCUUCAAUGAAGAUGAAGAUAGUGAACCCGAGGAAAUGCCACCAGAAGCAAAGAUGAGGAUGAAGAAUAUUGGAAGGGAUACACCAACAUCAGCUGGACCAAACUCCUUCAACAAAGGAAAGCAUGGGUUUUCUGAUAACCAGAAGCUAUGGGAGCGAAAUAUAAAAUCUCAUCUUGGAAAUGUCCAUGACCAAGACAAUUAAAUGAUGUGUUUUAUGAUUGGGGCGUGGGUGGGUGUAAAGUUAAAAGGAACAGUUUCCUUUUUUAAAGAAUGGCAUAAGACUAUCUUUGGAGCCACUUUUUGUUUUGUUUUUGUUUUGUUUAUUACUUUUUUUAAUUAAAGAUUGCGUGAUACACUAAUAAAUGAGAGUUUGAAAUUAGAGGUAAUUUAUGUUUUAUAUACAGAUGUCAAGACAUUUGCUAAUUUUGUAGUUUCAUGUGAUUAGUUUCCAAAGGUUACAGAUAAUAAAUCAGAAAUGGUACCUUUUUAAGAAUUGCAUAUUUUUUUAGACAACUGUUAGCACAUGAGGGAAUAAAAAAGUUAUUGUCUAUUUAAACUGGUUCACAAUACAGGCAAUUACUCUCUAAACUCCCUCAUAUAAAUUGUCUGGCUCCCGGGAACAGCCUUAUCGAAAGGGAGUAUUGGGAAGAAAAUUGUUACUGGACUGAAAGUAAAUUUAGAUAAAAUUCAGCAUUUUUUUCCCCAUUCGGGGCAUUUGUUUCAAGUCAUAAAGUAGUUUUUGCAUUGCUCUCAGUAGGUACAGAUGCUUAGCUCUUUAAAAGUAGCCAUUUUUUGACAUUUUAUGUAAACUGUUGAAUAUUUGAAAUUGCUCACUUCACCUUACUGGGUCUUGUCUUAACCUUCAGUAGUCUUAAAGAACAACAACCAUUUGCUACCAAAGUAAAUCAGUAUUUUGAAUGUGCUUCUCUUGGUUUUGCUACUAGCUAGUUCUGAAAGCAUUUCCAGCCAAACUUGAGGAAGCUGUUUCUUUUAAAAAACAAAACGCCACCAAAAUAGUUAAAUGUACAUAUUGCUUGAAGUUUUGGCUGUUUUUAUUUUUUAAAAGGUUUGAACACCCAAAAAAGAAAGUAAUAUUGUUUGGAGAUGGGAAGGGGAAGGUGCACUUUCUGUACAUUGUCAAAGCACCUAGGUUAUUAGUCUGUGAGGUCCAAUUUUGACCUUACUGCAGGAGUUCUUCCUAUUAGAAUACUAUGGCUCAUUUUAAAUGUAUGUGUAAUGACCAAUGACCUUCUCAAAAGCACAUUUACAUACUGAAGAUGGAAGGAAAGAAAAUGCAUCUUCAAACAGUUAAGGAAUCUCUAAGCAUAUAUUCUUUGUUCUGUGUGAUGGAUUUAAGGUGAUAUUUUCUUUUGUAUUUUUUUAUUGUAUAUGAGCUUUUUCUUAAUGUGACAAGUUAAAUACAUCUCUAAAAGCAUAGUCACAAAAGAACCAAAAUAGAAUGAUUUCUUUGAAAAUUCUUGCAAUGUUAAAUUUGGAGGUAGCUUCAGGUGUUAUUGGUGGUAACUGCUCCUCGAGCUCUUUUGAUAGGUAAUAACUCCAGAGAAGCAGUCUGACUGUUGUAUAUUCCCAACACUUUGUUCACUUGCAUUUAAGUUUAGAGUAAGUCCCAAGUAAAACAAUGGAAAUGUAUAUAGAACUUUUAGUUCUUACUUACAUGAUUUAAUUCUAUCAAGAUACAUAAAUUUUACUUACUUUGAUGUAGGCAAACUUUCCAUUUUUGUUCAUUUUACUGUUUAUGUUAGAAUAAUAUCCCUCUCCUAUACUUUUCUUGACCCAAGUGAAAAUAUUUACUGAAGGUCAAGAUGGGAGAGAGAAACGACUGAGAUGAAUGUCUUUACUGAAAUACCAAUAAAUUGUCAAACUCA